AUGCGUUCCGGGACACUUCUUUCAGCGCUGACGCUCUGCGCUUCCACGGGUGCCGUCACAGUGCCGACACGAAAGCAUGCUCGCCAGGCCCCAACUACCCUAGACGCUGCCUUCAAAGCGGCAGGGAAAGAGUACGUUGGCACAGCCCUCACGAUCAGGAACGACACCACCGAGCAGGACAUCAUCCGGACUGAGUUCGGCUCCAUCACGCCUGAGAAUGCCAUGAAAUGGGAGUCGACGGAGCCCACUCAGGGAAACUUCACCUUCGACGAUGCGGACGCCGUGGUAGCAUUUGCCAGCGACAACGGCGAGCUGAUCCGCUGCCACACGCUGGUUUGGUACAGCCAGCUGCCGACGUGGGUAUCUGACGGCGGGUUUGACAACGCCACGCUGCUUGCGGUAGUGAAGAAUCACAUUGAUACGGUCGUGGGGAGGUAUAAGGGAGUUUGUGAUCAAUGGGAUGUUGUUAACGAGGCCCUUAAUGAAGAUGGAACCUACCGCGACAACGUCUUCUACCAGACCAUCGGCGAGGCCUACAUCCCCAUAGCCUUCCAAUACGCCCAGGCCGCUGACCCGGACGCCCGCCUCUUCUACAAUGAUUACAAUCUCGAGUACGGCGCGGAGAAGGCCCAGGGCGCGGCUCGCAUCGUCCAGCUGGUCCAGUCCUAUGGCGCACGCAUUGAUGGUGUGGGACUGCAGGGUCAUCUCACCUCAGAGCCGACCACUUCCUCGGGCGGAGGUGUCGCGCCGGACUUGGCUACGCUUGAGACCACGCUGGCUCUGUACACGGACCUGGGCGUGGAUGUUGCUUACACAGAGCUUGAUGUGCGGUUCAAUACCACCUCUGGUGUCCUGGCUGAUAAGUUGGCCACACAGGCGGAUGUGUAUGUCGAUGUUUUCCAGUCAUGUCUGAACAACGAUGGUUGUAUCGGUAUUACUAUCUGGGGUGUCACCGACAAGUACUCGUGGAUCCCAGGAGUCUUUCCUGGAGAGGGCGAGGCUCUGCUGUGGGACGAAAACUACCAGAAGAAGCCAGCUUAUCAGGCUGUCUUGGAUGCAAUUAACAGCGCGACCUUGGCUUUCGCGCAGUCGUUCCCUAUGAUCCUCUACAUCUUAUCCCCGUCAAUGCGGCGCUAA